AUUGCAAUCGUUGUCUGAGCUUUCAUCCGCAUCUAGGCUCCUGAGGUGUGGCUUCAUUCCUUCUCUCGGCUGUCCAGCGCAUUCUCCUUGGUUUAGAUAUUGCACCGUCGCCGCGCGAAGCUCACAAGCUCACUUUCCUCAAUUCCGAGUCGAGUCGAUUCCCUCGCGUCCAAUGGCGACAUGCGUCUCGUCGCGGGCAUCACCAGCAACCCAGUCUUCGGUAUCCGGGCCCAGCGGGCUCGGGCCUUCGUCGAGCUUCGUUCUCUCAGUUGACAUGUUCGACGCGCCGAAAAACUGGCAGCAGCAGCAGCGGUCGCAUCCACCAUCGCCACUAAACCGAGGAACCGGAGUCACGGCGGUGAAAUCAUGCGCAAAUGCCGGCGCGACGGGGGGAAGCAGCGCCCAGAACAGCGCAGCACGCACCACCGGCGCCGGCGCUGGCGCCGCCGUCAACUCUUCGUCGUUCCACCUCGGCCCGGAACUGCUUCUCUCGGGCGGCGAGCGCAUUUGCCCGAUUCCGUGCGUGGACUGGCGGGAGGCAGCGCGCAAGGCGGAAGAGACGCGCAUGCUCUCCAGCGAGGUGUGCCCGAUCCCCGCGCAGAACUGGCGGAAAGACGCCCGCCGCGCCGACGAACCGCAUCAUACUGCUUCCACCAGUACUCUAUCGUCGACCCCGUCGGCGGCGGCGGCGGCGGAAGUGUACGGGUCAUCUCCAGGAAAGAACGAACCGUCGUCGGAGCGGGAGGCGAGGAGGGAGAGUGCCAGUAGGACGACUACGACCAAGCAUCAGCCUCCCUCGCCCGUCGGAGCGUUUAGUCGUCCCAAAGCCUCCUCCGUAGGAGCCGCAACAUCGCCCGAGUCGGAGUCUGUGCCGCUGUCGGAAGACGCCGCUGCCGCCAGUGGUCCAGGGCUAGCAGUAGUCCUCUCCGCACGGUCUCAGCUCCGAGAGAACGAGUCGGACUUGUCGUCAAUCUCGCGUUCGUCCGUUUCCGUUUCCGUUCCCAUUUUCGUUCCCGUUCCCGUUUCCGUGUCCUCCCCCACAACCUCGACUUGCUCGCACGCGGCGUCCGUCAUCUCGACCUUCUCCCUCGGGCGCCGCUCGUCGUUCUCGUCGUCCAGCAGCAGUGGCAGCGGCGGCGGCUGCAGCAGCCGCCAUGGCGACUUCACGCCGCCCAUCUCCCGCUGCAGCACGCUCCUGGGCAGCGCCAGCAGCACCAUCGACGAGAACGACGUGCCGUGCUUCGCGGGAGGCCGCAGCGGAAUUGCCGCCUGCGCUGGCGCCGGCGCUGUAGCUGGCACUGGAAGUGUGGUGUUCGGAGGGAUACUAUCUCCGAGGCAAUCAUGCUCUGACGCGCCGCCACUUGAUAAAAGUAAUAGUAGUGGCAGCAGCGCUUCCUGUUCAGUCCAACGACGACCACCACCAUCGCUCUUACUAGGAGAAUUGUCAACUUCUUCGCAGAGCUCGUCCCAGCCGAGAUCGCCUCGACGGUCCGCCGAUUAUCUUGGUGACGACGGGGGCGCGGCGUUCUCCCGCGUCUCCACCGCGCCUUACGCCGCGGGGGGCGGAAGACGCCCCCCGCGGCUGGUGGCUGAACGCCUGCGCCAUGGCGACCUUCCGAACCGCACAUCGUCGCUGCCUCUGGGAGCUCUUGACUCUCCCACAGCCGCCGCCGCCGCCGCCGCCGCUGUAAAUACUACUACGAAUACUGUCGUGUCGAAAUGCUCCUCCCUGGCAAAUUCUGUGGCGUAUGCACCGCCGGUGGUGUCAGCAGCGUCUGUGUCAUGUGCGUCGGCAGCGCGUGACGUUGCGGCAGGGGAAGUGAGGCGAGUGGAACAAUGGCUUGAGGAGAAGGAAGGGACGGACGAGGGGGGAAGCCACAACGUCGCUGAUUCAGCCUGCCUGAACUGGGAAGAUGUGGAGGAGCUGUGCCAUCGCAUGGAUAUAGCCGGCAUCCGCAUCGAAACGAUGGACAUACAACCUGUGGCGGACGACCAUGUGCCAUCCCCCACACAAGGGUCAUCAUCACGGCUAAGCCAUGCAGCAGCAAGAGGUGCAGAUACGGCAACAACGCCUCACACAACCACUGCAGCAGCAGCCAAUUGCGCGUCGCCUACUGGUGCAUUGGGCUCCCUGACUUGUACAAGCAUUGAUGGUGAUACAAUGAGCCCUACAACCUGCUCUCUGAAUAAUACCCGUGCCACAAGGCCGGGUGCGAGGGAUGCGUGUGGUGGUGCUGCAUCAGUGGUGGCAAUCAAAUUCGGUGGCAUGCACAUGUGGUACUAUCCUGGCGACAAUGUGAAGGGGCUUUUCCGUGAUGCCGUGCAGUGGUGAUGUAAUGGUGGAGGGGCGUGGUGGAUGGUGGGGCAUGGUGGCUUAUACUGGGAUCUACAGGUGUAUUUCUUGGGGAUCAAAUACCUCGGGGUGCUUUCAAACUACCUGUUGGACUCUUUUCAUUCUAUUUGUUGCUGAACCAGUCGCUGAUGGUCUCUCUAGAACGGCGUGCCCCGCUUUCUUGUACUCGUGGCUUGGCUUUCUUUAUAUGCAAGGCUUGAAAUUACUAUUAGCUUGUUUUGUUAUGUACAUCACGCUACAUUACCCACUU